CAGCAUAUUCAGGCUGUUACCAGCUUUGAGAUCCAUGUUUGAAUACAUUUGAUCAUUCUUUAACGUAACAAUUAAAUUGAAAAUGGCGACACUAUCUCUAAACAAAGCAUCCGAACAGGUUUUUGACUACAGUUGUUCCAAGUGUGAAGAACAUGACUUAACCACUGAAGCCCAGCACUACUGCCCAGAGUGUGAAGACUAUUUGUGUGACAAGUGUGUGAAGCUACAUAAUGAAUAUCAUAGCAAACAUACCGUGUUUGAACGCGAAGACAUUCAGAUGUGGGAAGGGUUCCCCAUACGCAGUUGUGACCAACACGGCAACAAGUUGGAGGUACACUGUAAUGACCAUCAGGAACUUUGCUGUAGUGUCUGUGUGGCACUAAACCACAGGCAGUGUAUCAGUAUAAGUUACCUGCCUAACCUAGCUAAAAGCUUCCUGAAAACUGCUGACUUAAAGCAGUUGUCAGCAGCAAUGGAAAAGAUGAGGAGCAGGCUAGACGAGCUCAAGAAUGCUAGAAGGAAGGAUCAUGCCUCUCUAAAGUAUUCGUACAAACAUAUUAUUGCUGUAAUCAAGGCUUUUCGAAAAGAGAUUAACACUAUUUUAGACCAGCUUGAAAAGCAAACAGUUAAACAGUUAGAUAGCAUGAUGAAUGAUUUGGAAAUGUGUGUCAAAGAUGACAUUGAAAGUUGUGCCAAUAUGCAUGACAAACUGAAGAUCAUGAUGGAAAAAUAUCAAUUGAUUUCAGUCAAACACAAGGUGACCACUUCUUACAUUGCGUACAGAAGGUGCCAGGAUCAGCUUACCAAAUGUCAAAGUGUGAUACACGAGAUAGAAGCAAGACCAAAACAAAAAUUGUUAUUUAAUCCUAAAACCAAAAUUGAAACUUUCCUCAAAUGCCUGGACAAUUUAGGACACACUGACAUAUUUCAGGUGUACAACUGGCGUAGUUUAAAACAUGUUUCUGUAAAAAAAGACAGAAGUGAGUUGGCAUGUCAUAUUGACGGUAUUUAUGAAUUGCCCAAUGGAGACAUUGUCAUUGCAGACUCUUCCAACAAGAGAGUGAAGCUUCUGAACAGCCAAUACCAGGUCAUUGCUCACAAUGAUCUUCCUGAUUAUCCACAACAAUUGUGUCAUACCAUAGGCGAAGAAGUAGCUGUAGCUGCUGGACAUGAAGUCCACUUCAUCAAAGUGUCCAGAGGUGGGCUACAAGAGGUGAGGAAGUUCACCAUCGACCAUGACUGCUUCUCAAUUGCCCACCACAAAGGCCAGUUGUAUGUUGGCUCCACCACUGCCCUCUACAGGCACAAUAUGGAUGGAGAAGUUGUAGAUAAGGUAUAUGAAGACAUGUCUGGUGACUUGACAGUUUACAGGUGCGCUGUUAGUCCUGAUGGGGAGAGAAUUUAUGUAACAAAUAACUAUGCACAUAAAUUGCUUAUACUUAAUAAAAAUGGUCAAGUGCUGUCUACAUUGGAAGAUCCUGAACUACGAGCACCAACCGGAUUAUGUGUCAGCCCCAGUGGUCAUGUGUUUGUAUGUGGGCUUGAGUCUAACACUGUGAUACAGGUUGACAGGGAGGCCAAACAGAAGCUGGCCACGGUGGCCAGGGGUUCUGAGGGUUUGUGGAGACCAAAGUCAGUGUGGUUCAACGAAAAAACCUCAUUUCUCCUUGUUGGGGACAUUGGAGGAAUUAGUGUUUUAAAGAUAGGUUGAAGCAUGUUCUGAAAACUAAUAAAUACACUUUUAAAAUGGAUGCAUUUUGCUUUGAGGUCUAAAUUGACAAAAGCAAGACUGAAUAUUUCUAGUAGAAAGACACAUCAUGUAUAAAUAAUAUGCAUGUUCUACAUUGGGAUGAACAUAGACUUAAACACGUUAAACAGAAAACUGAGUGUAUUUGUAUCAAUCCGUGAAAAUGUUUUUAUUCCAGGUUUUAAAGUAAUAUACUCACAUAUAUUUUUCAGUCCAUUUCGUUUGAACUUUAAUAAGGUAAAAUACGUGUAUGAUGUACGUUUUCAAGUUGCCUCAAUAUGACAUCAAGAUGGCAUCCACAAGUCAUGAGCAUGGCAUGACAUCGGAAUUUUGUUUCAGUAGAAAGGCAGUCUCUAUUGUAAACCUCAAAUUUAUGAAAACAAAACAUGUAUUUAUUUACUUUACAAAAGUCAAUUUAUUGUUGACGUUUGUUUAGAUCAAAUAGAUUUUGCUGUUUUUCUUCCUUUCUCCAUUAAAAAUCACCUUUUAUACAAUUUUAGUGAAUUAUUAUUAUUGAUAUAACUACCGUAAUGUUUCUCUUAAUGAAUUAAUAUCCGUAUUAAAUGAAAUGCGAAACUGUUCCUACAAGGAACAUACAUGUAGGAGUUAGAAGUGAUUAUAGUCAUUAUAAAUGCAUAGGUUUAUACAUUGGUUUUCGUCAUUUACGAUUGAAGAUGAUUUUGUUUUAUCUAUUAUUACGUUUUGUGACCUUUAUAUAUAUGAUAUUUGA